AUGUGGCGGAGGCGAGUGGGCGCCCUCCUUCUCCGAUCCCAACUUGCUUCCUCCUCCACGGCCGCCUCUUCCUGCCAGCGUCUCCGACACCACCUUCUCCCCAGCGAGGAACCUCUGGCUCUCAAUCGUCUUGCCAGGCUCUUCACGUCCCAAGCUGGAAGUGAUGGUGGCGAUACCCAGAAGCCCUUUAUUGCUUUUGUCUUAGGGGGUCCUGGGAGUGGCAAAGGAACACAGUGCACCAAGAUUGCUUCGGAUUUUGGAUUUGCCCAUUUGAGCGCUGGCGAUCUUCUCCGGCACGAAAUAGCAUCUGGCAGUGAGAAUGGGGAGUUGAUCCUAGACAUCAUAAAGGAAGGGAGGAUUGUCCCGUCUGAGAUAACUGUGGAACUCAUAAGAAAAGCGAUGGAAACGAAAAAUGCUAAAAGGGUUCUUAUUGACGGCUUCCCAAGGUGCGAGGAAAACAGAAUCGCCUUUGAAAAAAUUGUUGGAACAGAACCAGACAUUGUGAUCUUCUUUGACUGUCCUGAGGAUGAGAUGGUCAAACGCCUUCUAGGCCGUAACCAGGGGAGAGUUGAUGAUAACAUGGAGACAAUCAAGAAGCGUCUAAAAGUGUUUGAAAGUUUGAAUAUUCCUGUCGUUGAGUACUACUCUUCAAGGGGAAAAGUGCACAAGAUAAAUGCCACGGGCACCGCAGAUGAAAUAUUUGAAGCAGUCCGCAGGCUGUUUUCGUCCUUAAGCCAUUUAGUUGACCAGAUGGUAUGGUAUGCAGGCCCUGACUUUAUUAAUGCUAUGACUAUGAAUGAAAGGUGGCUCUAA